AUGGCCUUUUGGAGCCCCACUGUUCCAUCAGUCCUCCUGUCUCUGCUCCUCCUCCUCCCCGUCACCGCUGCCGCCAGCAUCCGCCUUGGCAUUAUCCGAAAGCCGUCCCCGAAUGUCCCCGUCUUCCGCGAAGCCCCGGCCUUCCGCAACGGCGAAGCCUGCAGCUCUAACAAAAUCCACGUUUCGAUGACAUUGGAUUCCAACUAUCUUCGUGGCACAAUGGCCGCCGUGCUGUCCAUUCUGCAACAUUCAACCUGCCCGGAGAACGUGGAAUUCCACUUCCUAUGGUCACAUUUCGAGCCCGACGUCUUCUCCAGCAUCAAAUCCACCUUCCCUUACCUCAAUUUCAACGUCUACCGCUUCGAUUCCAACAGGGUACGUGGGAAAAUAUCGAAAUCAAUCCGGCAAGCAUUAGACCAACCGUUGAACUACGCUCGCAUAUAUCUCGCCGACCUCAUCCCGGCCGAGGUGAAACGCGUUAUAUACCUGGACUCCGAUCUCGUCGUUGUCGACGACAUUGGGAAGCUCUGGGAGGUGAAUUUGAAGAACAAGGUUCUGGCUGCGCCAGAAUAUUGCCAUGCGAAUUUCACCAAAUACUUCACCGACGUGUUUUGGUCGGACAAAUCAUUGGCUCGUACGUUCGACGGUCGAAAAACGUGUUAUUUCAACACGGGGGUUAUGGUGGUUGACGUGGAUAAAUGGCGGCAAGGAGGGUAUACGUGGAAGAUGGAGGGAUGGAUGACGGUCCAGAAGCAGAAGAGAAUCUAUCACCUGGGCUCUUUGCCGCCAUUUUUGCUGGUUUUGGCCGGAGAUAUUAAGGGCGUGAACCACCGGUGGAACCAGCACGGGCUUGGCGGAGACAAUCUUGAAGGGAAAUGCAGGAGCUUGCAUCCAGGGGCUAUAAGCCUGCUUCAUUGGAGCGGGAAAGGGAAACCAUGGUUAAGGCUGGACUCACGGAAGCCGUGUACCGUAGAUUACCUUUGGGCUCCGUAUGAUCUCUACCGUUCAUCCACUCACUCUUUGGAAGGGUCAUCCCGUCCGAAAACAACCUCUCACCUUCCCGGUGCGCACUACGCACUACUGCGCAUCGUAGCAGAACCCACCUUCCCACGGACAAUCUCACAAUCCCUAUAA